AUGGCAGUUACUGUUGGAGGUGUAUUAUCGGGCGUAAAUCCUUUCCACUAUAAUACUGGCUCCCCGAUAACCCUAUUUCUAUUUCAAGCCUGCAUUAUCCUAAUAUUGUCAAAUGCGAUCCACAUAGUAAUGAGCAAGAUCAGACAGCCAAGGGUUAUAUCGGAAGUUUUGACAGGUAUAAUAUUGGGACCAACUGUAUUUGGCCAAAUUCCUAAUUAUACUACUACUAUCUUUCCCACGGGUUCUAUAACUGGUUUGAACUUGGUGGCCAAUUUUGGAAUCAUCCUAUUUAUGUUUUUUCUAGGGCUGGAGGUCGAUAUCAAAUUUAUCAAAAAGAAUAUGAAGACAGCACUUUCUAUUGGUCUCGCUACCCUUGUUAUCCCAUUCGGAUUUGGAUGCCUAUUUGCUCUUCCGCUCUAUAAUAAUUACAUGAGUACGCAAGAUGAUAUUAAAUUCACCGUUUUCAUGGUCUUCAUAGCUGUAUCACUGUCAAUCACGGCCUUUCCCGUUUUAUGCCGUAUUUUGGCUGAACUAAGGUUGAUUAAAGAGCGUGUCGGAGUAAUUGUUUUGACGUCAGGUACGUUGAAUGAUGUCUUCGGGUGGAUCCUGUUGGCUCUGUGUAUCAUACUUUCAAACUCACAAUCUAAUCCGGUAAACGUCGUGUACAUUCUACUCUGCACACUUGGUUGGUUUCUACUAUAUGCCUUCCCAGUGAGAUAUCUCUUAAGAUGGGUACUAGUGAAAACCAACGAAUUCGAAAGAAGUAAGCCGUCAUCACUAAUCACGCUAUGCAUACUUGUCCUCACAUUUGUAAGUGCUUAUUUCACGGACAUUAUUGGAGUACACCCAAUUUUCGGAGCAUUCAUAGCUGGCUUAAUUGUUCCACGGGAUGAGGGCUACGUCGUAAAGUUGGCUGAGCGCAUGGAAGACAUUCCUAAUUUGGUUAUGAUUCCAAUAUACUUCACCAUCGCUGGUCUUAACGUUGAUUUAACUCUAUUAAAUCAAGGAAAGGACUGGGGAUUUACGUUUGCAAGCAUAGGGAUUGCUAUUUCUACCAAGCUCUUUGCCGGUUGUAUAACAUCUAAGCUAAGUGGUCUCUUCUGGAGAGAGUCACUUGCUGUAGGGAUUUUGAUGUCAUGUAAGGGUAUUGUGGAGAUUGUCGUCCUCACCACUGGUUUAAGUGCUGGAAUAAUUUCAAGAAAAGUGUACGCAAUGUUUAUUUUCAUGGCCCUGAUAUCUACAUUUGUCACGACCCCAUUGACAGUAUGGCUAUUUCCUGAAUCUUAUAGGGAAGAAAUUCGAAGAGAAUUGGAGGAAACUGAAGGGUCUAGUACUGAAUCGCCCAAAAACGAAUCAGAUCUGGAUAAGAUAGAGUAUUUCAAAGAUUUCAGAAGUCAUCAGAUUCGUCGUGUAUCACUUAUUCUUCUCAAUCUGGAAACUAUCAACUCGACGUUGUCAGUUUUAAAUCCAUUAUUCAAGGGUCAACAACAUGUCAGCUAUGAGCUCAAAAAGGCAGAAAAGGAGCAAACAAAGUGCUCUGGCCACAAGUCCUGUAAUAAUGAUGAUGAGGCUCUUACAAUUUGUGUAUUUCCCACUGUUAGUACUGAAGUUGAAGAAAACAUCAGUUUGAAAACAGUUUACCUGAAAGAACUAACUGAUAGGACAACCGACCUUCUCCAAAACUCAAGUGUGGAUCACAUCAUGUCCGCUGAUCCAAAUUAUGAUAGUAGUCUACGUGUGUUUGAAAUCUUCUCCGAUUUAAUGUACGUUGAUUACAGUAAUGAGGUCAUGUUUUGUUCCUACAGGGAAAAAGCUGCAAUAAUAGGAGAUAUAUCUGACGAACUCUCCGACAUAACAUUUAUUCCUUUGAAAGGAGGUUCCUACGAAAACGCUAAUAGUUCGUUAGUACCAUUAGGAAAACCUAACGACAUAAAUCAACUCCUCAGUGUAAAUAAUCUUCCUGAUAAUUCUUUCCAAUCAAUUACAUCGAAAUCUAAGUCCAGAAUUGCUUUUUUGAUAUCCAAUAAUAUUAGGAAAUCUCGGUUAGGAAAACUCGAGAAGACGGAGCUGGUUCUAUUUUUACCCGAGCUCAACUUAGAGAAGUCGGAUUAUUUUGCUCUUUACUUGGUUUACUUAAUGGUUUAUGGUGCUUCGAAUGAUAAGAAAAAAUUGGUAAAUUUAACAAUUUUUGCGAAUUCCAGAAAUACACAAUUGCAAGACUUUAUCGAAAGAACCUUUUCUGAUUUGAAGAAUUGCGUGAAAGUUGUGAGAAUUGAUAUCAGCAAAGAGUCUUAUGAAGAUGAGAGCAAUACAACUCUUAUUGAUGAGUUUUUAGAGUCUGAUGUUUUGGAGAAUAAUUCGAAAAAUAUUGAGGGAAGCUUGCUAGUCAUUUCGGACUCAGAAUUUUCAAGUAAUAAGGUGUUCAAUAAAAACACAGGUGCUUUAAUUGCAGCUGGACGCCGAACAUCGGUAGAUAUUUUGGUAUGCCACUACUCUGACUAG